GUCGGCAAUCAUCGGAGGAGGGUCGGCAGUCAUCGGAAGGGGACACACUGAUUACCCAAAUAGGCAAAUGUCAACAGAAUAUCAAGUUUCUGAGGGAGCACCGAUGCUGCCACCAAAAGUAGGUUCAAAGAAGAAUACUAAGGCUACGACCAGUCAGGGAGAAUCGGUUUACGAAGUCAACGACCGCCGUACAAGUAUAGGUAUCCCCAGAGAAGUUCAUGCGUGUGGUGACGCCACUCGAAGAGUUAAAAAGCUUGGGCAACGCAGAGGGAUGCUUCGAAGCGGGGACUUUGAAGACACUGUGAUUCCCGAUAAUCUGUCAAAAAAUGUAACCUCCUUUAAAAAAUCCGUAAGGCCUGUAGGGAAUUUGAGUAAGUUUAGUGUGCGGGAGGUCGUUCAACUAUUUCGUCAACUUGGAUUUCGUGAAGAAGUUAUAUUGUGUUUUUCCGGUAAUCGUAUCGAUGGUGGCGCAUGUUCCCUUUUAACUAAAGCAGACAUGAAACGCUACAGGAUGAACGAGAAAGAAAUAUCUCUGCUCCAGGAUUAUAUUCAGGAAUCUAAACAUAGUACGCAGCGUGUUACAAGUAAUAUUUACGAAGUGUCUUAAGAUCUAAAAGAACUAUAAACAUC